AUGGCUUCUACCAGCCAAAAACAAUACGUUUUAGCUCUAUUCCUUCUCUUUGCAGUUGGAAUUUCCCAAGUGAUGUCCCGCAAGCUGCAUGAGACAUCCUUGAGAGAAAGACAUGAACAAUGGAUGCAAGUUCAUGGAAAAGUGUAUAAGAACACUGCAGAGAAGGAAAAACGUUUCCAGAUAUUCAAGGACAAUGUGGAGUUCAUUGAAUCAUUUAAUGCUGCUGGCAACAAACCCUACAAGCUUGGGGUUAAUCAUUUUGCUGACCUCACAGUUGAGGAGUUCAAGGCUUCUCGUAAUGGAUUCAAGAAGCCUCACGAGUUUAGCACCACACCAUUUAAGUACGAAAACGUGACUGCUAUUCCUGCAGCCAUAGACUGGAGGAAAAAAGGAGCCGUUACUCCAAUCAAAAACCAAGGACAAUGUGGGAGCUGUUGGGCCUUUUCAACAGUGGCUGCAACUGAGGGUAUCCACCAAAUAGCCACAGGCAAACUAGUGUCGCUCUCAGAGCAAGAGCUUGUGGACUGUGACACAAAAGGUGUGGACCAAGGGUGUGAAGGGGGUUACAUGGAAGAUGGGUUUGAAUUCAUUAUAAAAAAUGGUGGAAUAACCAGUGAGGCAAAGUACCCCUACAAGGCAGCUGGUGGCACUUGCAACAGAGGAAGCACCCCUGUGGCUGAAAUUAAGGGGUAUGAGAAGGUUCCUCCCAACAGUGAGAAGGCACUGCAGAAAGCUGUGGCUAACCAACCAGUUUCAGUUUCUAUCGAUGCAGAUGGUGCAGGUUUCAUGUUUUACUCCAGUGGAAUCUACUCAGGAGAAUGUGGAACUGAACUGGACCAUGGUGUUACUGCAGUGGGUUAUGGCAUUGCUAAUGGAACUGAGUAUUGGUUGGUGAAGAAUUCAUGGGGCACACAAUGGGGUGAGGAAGGGUAUGUGAGGAUGAAGAGAGGUGUAGCUGCUAAACAUGGUUUAUGUGGAAUUGCCUUGGAUUCCUCUUAUCCAACUGUAUGA